UUAUUCUUGAGUGUUUCAUACUUUUUUCGUCCUAGUUUUCUUCCCAUAAUUCCUUUGUUUCUUGUCCGAGUUUCUUAGGUUGCUUCGCGUUAAUGGGUCGCGCAGUUGCGCUGCGCUGCUCGAGCCUGUUAAUUUCGAUCAAAUCUCCGUGGCGCAUCUUGGUUUUAAUUCUUUGCGUGUCCUUCUUCAUUUAUUUAAUUUACGGAGUGAGCAGUCGAUCUUCCCUACCUUCAGCUGUAGCAGACUACACAGUCGAACAUGUGCCCAAGGACACGAAAAUCAUUCUGUUCUGGACCAAGUAUUUCGGAGAGGAGAAUCACCAUCUCCGCGAUAACUUGAACAACUGCCCCGUCUCCAACUGUUUCUUGACCAACGAUCGCAAGUACCUGCGUGCCAGUUCCGCUGUGAUAUUCCAUGGAAAUGAGUUUGAUGCUCAGGAUUUGCCUGGGAUUCGGUUUCCUAAUCAGUCGUAUGUGAUAUUUCUCAUGGAAUCACCGCCGUUCACUGUGAUAAAUUUAAAACAGUAUAGGCAUUUCUUCAAUUUAACGUGGUCGUUUCGUCGUGAUGCGGAUGUGUUUUGUCGGGAUUAUCUGGAUAAUGUCUCCCCGCGGCCGUUUGUCAGUCGGGAUGAGGGGAAAAGGUUUUUGGAUGCUAAACAUAACAAAGCGCUAUGGUUCGUGUCGAACUGCUACACGCCGAUCGACCGCGAAGGCUUUGUCCGCGAAUUGAAGAAAUACUAUCCCGUGGAUAUUCUGGGAAAAUGUGGAGACACAACAGGCGUGUGUGGAUUUGGGAAUUUUAUCUGUGCCAGGAAGAUUGUGGCCAGCUACAAGUUUUAUCUGGCUUUUGAAAACAGUGUUUGCAAAGACUACGUGACGGAGAAGCCGUCGCAAGGCCUCAACUACGGUACCAUCCCCAUCGUAAUGGGCGGCGCUAACUACAACCAGACCUUCGCCCCCAAAACCCACAUUAAUACCGCGGAUUUUUCCUCCCCCAAAGAUCUCGCCGACUAUCUCCACCGUUUAUCCUCCAACAUGGAUCUGUACGCGGAAUUCUUCGAGUGGCGCUAUCAUCCCGAACUGCCACUCCAUCCCUCCGUGCCGGAGCCGGCGCAAUCCAAUAUGUGUCGGUUAUGUGAGAUCCUCCAUGAGCGGAAUUAUCGCAGCCAAAGCGCGGCGGAUGUCCAGAAAUGGUUCGUGGAUGAGGGAGAAUGCCAGGGCGGAUGGGGCAGCCGGUUGUGGAGCGGAGUGAAGGGACUGGCGGGGUGACUUCCGGUUACGUUAUUGCUGUGAUAGCCUUGUUGUUGUUAGGUUUUGGUAUCUUUUAUCUACGCUGUUCAGCCCUGUUGAAGAUCCCCUGCUAGAGUGUUAGCCUAGCCGGGAAUAGGCUGCCUGCUCUGAUUAAAUUAAACUGUAUUUUUUCGUUGGUCUGAUUAGAUGAUAUUAUUAGUUACUACUCGUAUGUUGUGGUUGUCUGACUGAUGUUAUACUUAGUUGUAUUUAUUUGUUUUUAUACAUUGCCGGCUUGUGUGUUGCCUGGCCAGUUGAGAUCGUGUUUUUCCGUGCCCUUUGAGUUUGCACUACGCCUAAUGAAAUUAUCAU